AUGCAGAAUAAUUCUUCUCUGACAAAUAUAUUAAAUAAAAACCAAUCUUUACCAAAUUUGAAUAAUGAUACUAGCACACAUAAAAAAGUUAGAUCAAAUAAAAUUUCUGAUAUAACUCCAAAUAUUACAGGAUUAGCCGCUGAAAAUAGAAGUGACGAGACGCCAUGGGAUAACGAAUCUGGAAAUAUGAACAGUCCUAAAAAAGAUAAGCCUUUCAUAGUUAAUAAAUUGAAAUCUGAUUUUAGUCUCCCUCAAAAAUAUCCUGUUAAUGAAGAACAACUUUCUCGUCAAUUAUCAGAAAUGAGCAUACGUGAACGGCAGAAUACCAUAAAUGAAAUACACCCAUUUGGUGUUAAAAUUUGGAAACCUGCUUUGUAUAAGAAACAACGAGCAGUAAAUUGGAAAGCUGUCAACGAUACACAGGAGUUUUAUCAAAAAAACAUCCCCGCCUUUGUAACAGCUAUCAAUUUAGUUUGGUCAGUUACAUUUGGAUUACUUUUAUGUCUAAUAACUCUAAUUAGCUCAGUAAUAAUAUAUUUCCUUGGUGGAAUGACAGAGAAAUCCAAGAAAUACAGGGAUUUGUUAAUAAGCACAGCAUUCUAUCUUUUUCACCCCUUUGGAACUGUAGUUUUUUUACAUAAAGAUAAGAAAUAUCUUUUAGAGGAUGAAAAUGACGGAAUAAGCCCUGAACAUUUCAAUGCAUGGGCUACAUUACAUAAUAAUAGAUUAUUUUUAAAUCACAAUAAUGAAAGGAUUUUUGAAAAUUCAUUGUUACUAAAAUCAUCUCCGUUGGACUCUUAUUAUGGAAGUAUUGAAAGACAUUCAAGAUUUCAAAAUCUUAAAAAAGUUCAAGAAUUCAAUACGCAAAAUACAAAGCUGCCUUCGAUAUCUUCAAACUAUUUCCCUUUAAAUCCAUACAUCAAUCUUAUGGAUAAAGAACGAACUUUCGACACUUUUGAUGUUCACAGUAUAACUGAAAACAAAAAAUACCGUCUAUUUGGGAGGGGCCCUUGGUCAUGGCAAAGGCUUAUAUUCUUUCUAACCUUUUAUACGAUAUUACAACCUUUUGUGUUAUUUGUCUCAUUUUUUUGUUGGCUAAGCGUGUUUCCAAUCCCAAUAAGUAUCAUUUUAUGGAAAUUGAUGUACCAUCUAAGGAAACAUCCUUUGGCUUUAGGUUAUGAAAAAGCUAUUACGUAUGAAUCAAACAAAAAUAUCACACUUACACCUCAUCAUUAUUAUCCACUCUUUAAGAAAGAUCAAGUUAAAAGAAAGAAAAUCCUUUUAUGUACAUUUCGAUGUGCCGGGGUUAUGUACUACAAAUAUACCAUCGAAGGUAUUAAUGUUAUUGUUGUGAACCUUUCCCUUGUAGCUCUGUUUACCAUUCUAGAUUAUUUUUAUUUUCAAAAAUAUGCAAAUAUUCCCAUUUUAACGAACAAAUUAUUUAUAUUUUUACUUGGGCUCAUCUCAAUAAUUCCAUUAUCUUUUUAUAUUGGACAAAGUAUUGCUUCAAUUUCAACCCAAACAUCGAUGGGAUUAGGUGCAGUUUUAAAUGCAUUUUUUUCAACUAUCGUUGAGCUCUUUUUAUAUAUUAUUGCAUUAAGAAAUGAAAAAAAACAACUAGUAGAUGGCUCUAUAGUUGGGUCCAUUUUGGGUGCGAUACUUUUAUUACCAGGAAUAGCAAUGUCGACUGGUGCAUUUAAGAGAAAAGUUCAACACUAUAAUCCUACAAGUGCUGGAAUCUCUGCUACUCUCUUACUAUAUUCUAUUAUUUUAAUCUCCAUACCCACUAUGGUUUAUAUGUUAUAUAAAGACGAGCCUCUAAAAGAAGGGUCUAAAGGACAUUUACAGACUUACAACAAAAUUAUAUCAAAUAUAACUCCAGUAGAGAGUACUAUAUUUUUUCAAAAAGUUUUAGAACCCUUAUCAAUUAUAUGUGUAAUAUUAUUACUCUUAGCAUAUAUGACCGGCCUUUAUUUUACUCUAAGAACACAUAAAAACAUUAUUUGGUAUCAACAGUCUAGAAACUCUCAAAAAUAUGAAAAUAUUGCGAGCAAUGAAGAAGGAGUACUCAUACGACCUGAAAAUAAUGCUAGAGUACAUCCUAAAAACAACAGUAUUGACACACCUAAUUGGUCGAAAAGAAAGUCAACACUUACAUUACUUAUUUCAACAUUAAUAUAUUCAAUUAUUGCAGAGAUAUUAAUCAAUUGUUUAAAUACUAUUAUUCUGCAAUAUCCAAAUAUACCAAUGAAACUACUAGGUUUGAUACUUUUUGCUUUAGUUCCCAACACUACUGAGUUCCUAAAUGCAGUUUCUUUUUCACUUAAUGGUAAUGUUAUGCUAUCUCUAGAAAUUGGUACUGCAUAUGCGCUACAGAUUUGCCUAUUACAAAUUCCAUUUUUGGUUUUAUAUUCUCAUUACUUUGUAUUUAAAGUAUACCCAAUUCCAACAUAUUCUCUGGAUUAUUUGGACCAAAUAAAAUUUAAUACAUCUUUUACUUUGGUAUUUCCCUUAUGGGAUAUAAUAAGUCUGAUAUUCAGUACUCUACUUUUUGCAUAUAUUUAUGCUGAAGGUAAAUCAAAUUAUUUUAAAGGAACUCUAUUGAUUUUAUUAUACAUCGCUAUAAUUUCAGUAUUUUACUUUCAAACUUAUUUUACAGUUUAA